AUGAACGGUGAUGAGAAAACAGAUCGUCAUCAAAUGGAUGUCAUUUAUCCUGAUAUGAAUUAUAUUUUCUUCAAAGGUGUACCGAAAUUGAUACAGGUAGCAGAUGACAUGCACCGGAUGACUGAUUAUAUAAUGGAUCUACGCAAUAUGACCAUCGGAUUUGUAUGCUUCUCGUUUAUGGGAGCACUGAUAUUUCUUUUUCUGCGACAAAUACAAAAACGCAGUACUACUGAUAUGCACGAACGGAUGAUUAUGUCUAAACAUCUUGAGGACCAAAGAAAGUCGAUGGAAUCGCUUGGUGGUACUUGUAGAAAAUAUUCCGAACCUUGCCAUGGUCCAGCAAGGAAAACCUCGGCAUUCAAGCUUUUUCCAUAUAGUUCCCUCUAG